AUGAAACUCCUCCUGGUUGUCGUCGGUCUAGCCGUGGCUGUUUCAGCCUUCGAGCCUGAACUACCUAUCACCAAUGACUACCACAACACCAUUGGUGUUUUCGAAGCUGCUCGUAUCAAACAGGCUGAAGAAUCAGCUGACUUCGACGGCAGCAGGAUCACAGGAGGAAGCGCUGCUUCACUUGGUCAAUUUCCUUACCAAGCGGGUUUACUUAUCAGAUUAGUUUGA